AUGCAGCCCCGCCUCGCCAUCCGCAAGGACCCCGCUCGGGUGCUCGCCGUGCACUCGGGCCACACCUACGAGCCCUCCGACGCCACGUUGCUGCACAUCAAAACGUUCCUCCUGGACAGGUACGCCGUGCCGGACGACUUGGCCUUGCAGGUGCUCACGCACAAGUCGUUUGCGGCCGGCAUGAAGCCCUACAACGAGAAGUUGAGCACCUUGGGCUCCAAGUUGGCCAACUUGUUCUUGGGCAAGUACGUGCUCGAGCACCGCACGCACAACGACACCGCCGUCGCCGGCAUGAACUUGGACGUGUUGGGCACGCCCAUGGCCAAGGAGUUGGCCGGCCGCAUGGCGCUCGGCGUGUUUGCCAAGAAGCGCGACUUGAGCCGCGUCAUGUUCUGGAAGUCCUACAACCACCUGUUGUCGUUCGAGGCCAGCGGCGAGUUGAAGGUCAGCGCGCAGAUGGUGUACGCCAUGAUCGGCGCCGUGGCCUUCGUGCACGGCAAGGCCGCGGCAGAGGCCUUUGUCCGCGAGAAGUUGUUGUCCGGGCCCGACUCCAUCGAGCACAUUGCGGCAGAGUUUCUCGCCCGCAGCUGA